CUGUUACAUUACUUCCAUGACCUAGCUGUCUCGGCCGCUCAAAGUCAACAUGGACUGUGAACAGUAAAUCCGGUGCUGAAUACACAUGGGUUAAAAGUCCUGAUGUCCUAGCCAGACAUAUUUCUCCCAGCUUCAUCCCCAUCCUCAGGAUGAACUGAAUCUGGGUGUACAAGUGUAUAAGUAGGGUAAAGUGCAUGUCACCUUGACACUGCAUCCUUUUUUCCCUUCCGCUUAUAUUUAAUCUGCAGUUUAGUGGAUGUACUUUGCUUUGAAUGCUUGUCUUGGUCCCUUAAUAACAUAUAUUCCCAUGAGAUAUAUAAAAAAAACUCUACAUUUUUUGCAUUAACAUCAGCGCUGUGGGAGUUUUAGAUGGUUAACAUGUGUAUUUAAUCGUAUGACCCGAGGAGGAACGUGUUGUUCCCAGCAGAUCCUUUAAAUAGUCGCCUCACUGUAAAACUGCGUACAUGUAGGACAGAUUUACAAUGCGAAAUUAAAAAUAUUUGACAAAGGCCAUCAUAAACAGUUUAUUAGAUUUACAAUGCAUUCAUUUUUAGGCUUCUGGUGUAGGUUUUUUUAGUUUAUUAAAAAAAAAAAGCCAUUUGUUAUAUCACACUCACAUUGGAUAACAUAGGGUCACGUGAGAACGGGAUACACAUUAAACUGAAGCUAGCGUUAACUACCUGCAACCGACACGCAGGUACGCUGAUGUCUGGGGAAAUGACAAUUCAACCAAAAGUGGCUAUAGAGCAGCAAAUAUGCUCACUGGUUAAAACGUGUGUCUUCUGUUUACUUUAAUGCUGAAUAUUGUUUUAAAACUGUUUUUAAAACACACUUUGAUGAUGUACAUUCACAUCUGCAGUAUACCGUAUAGAUUUGUAUUUCUUUCUCUAAAAUACACAUAUGAACGUUCACAUGAGCUUUAAAGUGUCUUUAUAGUCUGUGCUUCACUGGAAAUUAGGUCUUGUAUUACAUUUGAAGUAGUGUUGCACAGACUCUUAAGAUUACUUUUAGCUUGAGGAUACCUACAGAUACUGAUAUUCCAACAUUCAUUUUAAACUUCUGAUUUUUUAAAAAUUUAAAUAAGCUCAUUGGCUCCCAACCCUGCUCCUGGUGUACCACUGCUCUGUGCGUUUCAGUGUUUUAUUUUUAGCUGCUGUAACACACCUACCCUGAUUCAGAAAGGGCCAGAGAAAAUACACAGGUCAGGUGUACACUGAAUUAGCUGAUCGAUGUAGUAGUCAGGUGUGCUGGAUAUCAGGGAUCCACAGGAUUUGCUGUGCCUCCAUAUUCCAAAACGACUGACAGGAAAGAGAAAGUCAAAUAGAGCGAAGGAGAAGAAGCAGAGGAGGCUUGAAGAAAGGGCUGCUAUGGAUGCCGUGUGUGCUAAAGUGGUUGCAGCCAAUAAGCUUGAAGACCCUCUGUCGGCUUUUCCAGUGUUCAAAAAGUACGACAGAAACGGGUUAAAUCUGGAGAUUGAGUGUAAGCGGGUGACUGCUCUGUCUUCCAUCACUGUGGAGUGGGCUUAUGAGCUGACCAGAGCGAACGUACAGACACUAUAUGAACAGAGCGAGUGGGGAUGGAAGGAGAGGGAGAAAAGGGAGGAGAUGAAGGAUGAGAGAGCAUGGUAUCUCUUGGCCCGUGAUGCCGAAUCUGCCCCUGUCGCUUUCUCUCAUUUUCGAUUCGAUGUUGAAUGUGGUGACGAGGUGUUAUAUUGUUAUGAACUCCAGUUGGAGAGCAAGGUCAGGCGGAAAGGUCUGGGAAAGUUUCUUGUCCAGAUCCUGCAGCUCAUCGCCAACAGUACACAGAUGAAAAAGGUCAUGUUGACGGUUUUCAAACACAACCAUGGAGCCUACCAGUUUUUUCGGGAGGCCUUACAGUUUGAGAUUGAUGAAACCUCGCCCAGCAUGUCUGGUUGCUGUGGAGACGAAUACUCGUACGAGAUUUUGAGUCGACGGACAAAAUAUGGCGAGGUGUCGGGUCACGCGCAUGCUGGCAGCCACUGUGGAGGCUGCUGCCAUUAGGUGCUGGUCCUGCUGUUCUGUUACACAAACACUCCUCAUACGAACCUCCUGUCAACAAUCAUGUUUGCCCUAUGUUACCCCCACGUUACAUCCCCUUAAGCCUAGUUCAGUCACGCAGUGUAGCCAAAAAGAACAAGAAACGAACAUGAGCCAGUCAGAGUGCCCCUGGUAUGUUCAUCUUUCAGUAACUGGUAUUUAACAGAGUGUUUAGAGUGAGAGAUCUUGCAGUAGGUUACAGUUCAUAAGUGACCCGUAUAAGAGGAAUCACCGUAAAUAAUGUGAAAAAGGGUUUGGCUAGCUAAUUUCUUGAGUGUUUAGUCAUGUGUAACGAUAAGUGUGAAGUAGGUGACUGGAAAUUUGUAAUGAAAGUGCAAAGUGCAUUAUCCUUCUGUUACAAGUUCAUGCACAGAAUGGUUUUGUGUUGUACACAUCCAAAUUAUGUCAUGAUAUUAGGGAUUGCAGGAUAUUUAAAGCUUUAUUUACACAAUGUUUGGGUUUAAAUAUCAUGAAAGGGUGUCCUAUCACGAAGUAUUUUGAGUUUGGAUAAGACCAAUUAGUGAUUUCGCAAGCUUUCGCUAUCUUCUACCUCUGUGUUGGGUGGUUUUGGUUUUUGUUUUUUUAGUUAGUUUUCCCUGACUUAAUUUGAAAGAGUUACUCUGUAGGCUUUAUAGUUAAGAAUGAGAAGCCAUGUGGCUUUAUAGGUAAAUGGUGCUCUUAAUGACCGUGUAAAGGCGAAGCAUUUUAAAGCUAAAGCUGUGAAGCUGUGACUGAACUAGGCCUUAGAUUAAUCUCCCAUCUAUGAAGGUCCUUCUUUUUGCUUACUAUUUUUAACUUAAUAGCAGCCCAUGACUUGAUGGAAAAAUAAGUAUAUUCCCUCUCCAGCUUCUUGAGUUUUUUGAAUAACAGAGAUGGCAGUAAUGGCCAUGUGACAGCUCUGUGUAGUAUGUGAACUUUUUCUCUCACCUCAGGAACCAGCAUGGUGAGUAGUACAUCUACACAUCCAAUGAUAAUCAUCACAACAAACAUCAAGGCUGGACUUGAUGCGUUUAGCCUACAAUUCUCUCUCUCUCUCUCUCCCAAGCUGCUGAUCAUUAUAGUGAGUUCAGGGGCAUGGCACACUGGCUGUUACUGCCAUUUUCUCUCUAUUGCUCUGUCAGGGUACUUGUACAUACAUUUUAACAAAAUGCAAGGGGCUUACUUAAGUGUUGUAUUUCUUUAAGUAACUGAAUACAGUGAAUGGCUUUGUAUUCUUUAUAAUUACUCAAACUGGUCAGUCUCAGGUCAUUCAACUAAGUAAAACCUAUAUCAAAUAUUUUAUAACAGCUAUCCCUGUCAAAUUGAUGAAGGGGCUGAUGCUUAUUGCAACACACCCUUAGUGUAGAAAUGUACUGUCCUUUUUUUAAAGUAUCACAGCCUUCUUUUAUCAUCUCAAAACAUGAGGUUUUUUUUUUUCUUUUCUUAACUGUAUAUAAUCUGUUUGCCAUUUUCAUUUUAUUUGCCUUCACAAAGGUCUUUGGGGAGAAAUUACAUUGAGACAAUUUAAAAGUGAUAUGUUUGAUAAAUGAGUAGUCCUGUCUCAUGCUUUGUUGUUGAUGCAGAAAGGGAAGUUAUUUCAGCUUUUGGUGUUUUUAUUUGUAUGCAACAAAUAAACUUGUUUGACUCAAAA